AUGGUGACCGAGCUUCAACAAGCAAAUCAACGAAUGACGGAGGAAAAUCAAAGAAUGCAAGAUCAAAUUGCAAAAUUGGUUAAUGCUCGGUUAGAGCACAACAAUCAUCAUCAUAACCGAGACGAAAAUCAUGAGCGUCAAUCAAUGCCAACCCAUAUUUCUGAAACACCUCAGCAGGAGGAGGAAGAGGCUCAACCAGACGCGGAGGACGAGGAGCGCGACAACUCCGCUGGCCCAUAUACGGCCGACAUAAUGAAUUUUCAACUCCCCAGACAGUUCACCCUGCCGACGACUUUAACCCCAUAUGAUGGCUUAGGAGACCCGAAGCAACAUAUUAAAAAAUUCCGAUCUAUUAUGAUCGUUAACGGUGCAUCCGACCCUAUUCUAUGUCGUUGUUUUCCAUCAUUUUUAGACGGUCCUGCACUUGACUGGUUUUGCUCUUUGCCUGCAGAUUCAAUAUCGCGUUUCCAGGAAUUGGCCAGACAAUUCGAGGAUCACUUUGCAGCAUCAGCAAUAUACCUGCAUGAUUCAGACUAUCUGACGACCAUCAAACAAGGGCCACAAGAAAGCCUGAAAGAUUAUAUUACUCGCUUUACAAAGGUCGCCAUGAGAAUCCCCGAUCUUCAUCCUGAAAUCCAUCUCCACGCCAUUAAAAGCGGUCUUUGUCUCGGCAAGUUCCAAGAGACAAUUGCUGUAACUAAACCAAAAACCCUAGCAGAAUUUCGCGAAAAAGCCAAGGGACAGAUAGAUGUUGAAGAACUUCGCCAAGCCCGAAAGACAGAAAAAUCAGCUAUCAUCAAGGAUGAUGAUAAACCUCGGGAUAGCAAGAAACCCUUUAAACCUGUCCCCCGCUACGACUCGUACACCAAGUUCAACGCAAAAAGGGAUGACAUCAUCAAAGAAAUACUUAAUUCCAAAUUAAUCAAGCCUCCUCGUAAGGCUGGAGCUUACCCAGAGUCCAAAACUGUCGAUAAAUCUAAAUAUUGCACUUUUCAUAAGAAGUACGGGCAUACAACCGAUGAAUGUGUGAUUGUUAAAGAUCUCCUCGAGCGCCUCGCAAGACAGGGCCAUCUUGAUAAGUUUAUUGCAGGGCAUAUGCAAAAGAACGUAACCUCGGCCUCCGACCCAUCAGCAGCAACCCCAUCACCAAAAGAAAAAGAUAAAGCACCAGCCUAA